AUGUCUUCUGGUUUGUUAGGCCCCCCGGAACUCCAAUCCACCAUCCAUGCCACCACCAUCUCCGCCCAACCAACCACCCAUUCUCCGUCGUCGAAUCAAACGAAAACCCUUUCUUACCUCUCCUCAGCCAACCCAUGUCUAGAUUUCUUCCACGUGGUUCAAGAAACCACCCCUUUAGACCUAAUCCAACGGCUACAAUUCUCUUGGCAAAAUUCACCUUUAACAACCCUUAAACUCAUUUGCAACCUAAGAGGUGUUAGAGGCACGGGUAAAAACAUUAAAGAAGGGUUUUACGCGGCCGCGCUAUGGCUCCAUCAAAACCACCCUAAAACCCUAGCACUGAACGCAGGCGUUUUCGCCCGCUUCGGGUCUCUUAAAGACCUCCUCGAGAUCCUGUUCAGGAUUCUCGAGGGGGUCGAUGUGAGGAAAAGGAUGAAGGAUGAGUGGGAGUCAAAAAAGCCGGCCUUCUUCGCGCAACGUUACACGAAGAAGGCCGCGGCUGAGGAUGAUCUUAAAAAGGCUAAGGUGUUAAAAGCUGAGAAAAAGGCUAAUAAGGCGAAAAAGGCUAUUGAUCGGUAUAAUCAUGACCCUGAGUAUAGAUUUUUGUAUGAUUGUAUAUGUGCUGUGUUUGGCAAUCUUUUGAAAACGGAUAUGAAAUUGUUAAAAGAGGGAGAUUAUGAAGAUAUUAGUUUAGCCGCGAAGUGGUGUCCGUCGUUGGAUUCGUCCUACGACGAGUAUUUGUUGAUUUGUGAGAGCAUUGCGAGGAAGGUGUUUCCUCGCGAGGAGUAUAAAGAGUAUGAUGGUGUAGAGGAAGCACAUUAUGCUUAUAGGGUUCGGACUCGAUUGAGGAAGGAAGUAUUAGUCCCUCUUCGAAAAGCCCUCGAGUUGCCUGAGGUAUACAUGUGUGCUAAAAGAUGGAGGGACAUUCCUUAUGAUAGAGUGGCCUCUACGGCUAUGAAUCUAGGGAAGAAGGUCUUCUUAAAGCGCGAUAGGGAUGGAUUUGAGGAGUACUUAACCGAUGUUAAGGAGGGUGAUAUGAUGAUUUCUGCUGGUUCUUUGCUUCCUCAUGAGAUUGUUUCGAGUUUAUAUGACUCGGAGAAGGAGCUUAAUGAAGUCGCGGAGCUUCAAUGGAAGAGGAUGGUGGAUGACUUAGACAAGCAAGGGAAAUUGAUAAAUUGUAGUGCAUUGGCUAAUAACAUAGCCGGGGAUGCUUGUAUUGGACUAAUGUUGUUGGUUUCGGAGUUAACGAGUGAGCCGUGGAAGGGGAAGGUUAUUAUAUGGGGUGAAGAUCCUAAAUUUCACAACAUUGAGGGUGAUAAACUUGUUGAAAAAGUUGAAUCAAUCAAAGAUAUGUUGUGUGAAAGUAGGGUAGAUUUAGAGAAAGUGUUUGAUAAAAUUUUGGAGUUCACUAUUGAGAAGAAUCUGAGUGAAGAUCAGAUGUUAAGAAGGUUGUUUGUUUUCAUUGAUGAAGAGUUUAUGAAGGUGUCUGAUCAUCCUUGGGAAACCGAGUAUGCCGGGAUUAAGACGAAGUUUCUUGAUCGAGGGUUUGAGAAAGUACCGGAGGUGGUGUUUUGGAAUGUGAAGGGCUCAUUGGCUGUUCCUGUGAGAUGUGAUGUGCCUGGGAUGGCGGUUGUUAGCGGCCUUUUGAAGAAUCUGCUGACCUUGUUCUUGGAUGAUGGAGGUGUUUUGACUCCUGAGAGUGUGAUGAAUGCUGCUAUCUCUAGCCCUGAGUAUGAUCAACUCGUUGUUCAUGAUUGA